AUGGGCUUACUCCCCAGAAUCCCACCGUGCCUGUGCCUGCAGUGGGGGCACAGUGAGGACAACGAAGAGAGCUUGAAUGUUCCUCAGGACAGUGAUUGCCAGAGUUCCCAGGGUAGGAAGGAGCAGCCCAAUGGCGCAAGCUCCACCUCAACAGGAGCCAUCUUACCUGGCGGUGCUCUUCCCACCAGUGUACGCUCAAUAGUAACCACGUUGGUACCCUCUGAGCUCAUCUCCACAGCGCCAACCACAAAAGGCCAUCGUGGUGGCGUAACAGCUGAGCCAUUUCUAAGUGGCCUAGUGGAGGACAAGGCGGGGUCCCAUCCAGAGCUUCUACCCAGCAUAGCCCCUUCACAGACUUUAGCCCCAAAGGAAACUCCAGCCACAGCACUGCAGGGGUCUGUUGCCAGACCAGAACUUGAGGCAAAUGCUGCCAUAGCCUCUGGACAAAGCAGUGAGCCCAAAGAGAUAGUUGAGAAGUCCAAAACCCGGACGAGCCGAAGAAUCUCUGGAACUGAGGAGCCAGCUAUGGCUUCUGAGCGCGUGGAAAAUGGACAUCGAAAAAGAUCCUCUCGACCUGCCUCGGCCUCCAGCUCUACUAAAGCUAUAACUGGUGCAGUGCAAUCCCAGCGAAGAAAAUCCAAAUUGUUUUCACAGAGCUCAGUACAAAGUAAAAUUGUGGGAGCAUGGAAGAGCCUCCGAAAUUGGCAACCUCGUGACUGA